UCGUACGAUGCGAAAAGGGAAGUUGAAAGAAGUGGCAGACUGAGGGAUACCGCGGAGUCUUAGGAGAUCCUACGUUUACAGCUGCUGACCGGGACACACACCACACACACGCGUCGCAUCUGUGAACACACACACAUACACACGGCUGGGGUGUCACCGUUAUUAUUGUCCCGGAGACCACACUUCUCACGGCUCGCUAGCUUCCUCCCGCUGCCCGGUAUUUUCUAAAGUUUUCCCGCAGUAUCGCAGUAAGUGUCCCAAGAGGAAGAGAGUGGACAUCGUGUGACAUGGCAAGUAGAGGCGGAGCCACACGGCCCAACGGGCCAAACACGGGCAACAAGAUCUGUCAGUUCAAACUUGUGCUUUUAGGAGAGUCGGCGGUGGGAAAGUCGAGUCUUGUACUCCGCUUCGUCAAGGGACAGUUUCACGAAUUCCAGGAGAGCACAAUCGGAGCUGCCUUCCUGACUCAGACGGUAUGUUUGGACGACACAACAGUCAAGUUUGAAAUCUGGGACACAGCUGGUCAGGAGCGCUACCACAGUCUGGCCCCCAUGUACUACAGAGGUGCCCAGGCGGCCAUCGUGGUCUAUGACAUUACAAAUGAGGAGUCAUUUGUUCGGGCAAAGAAUUGGGUUAAAGAGCUUCAGAGACAAGCCAGUCCAAAUAUUGUAAUAGCUCUGGCCGGGAACAAGGCUGAUCUGGCCAACAAGAGAGCGCUGGACUUCCAGGACGCACAGUCGUACGCCGACGACAACAGCUUGCUCUUCAUGGAGACGUCGGCAAAGACCUCGAUGAACGUGAACGAGAUCUUCAUGGCCAUUGCAAAGAAACUUCCCAAGAACGAGCCUCAGGCCGCCGGCACCAGCGCCGGACGCAACAGAGGAGUGGACCUGACAGAGACGGCUCAGCCCACCAGCCGCCCCUGCUGCAGUAACUAACCCAGCUCCUCCUGCUCAUCGUCCACACACACACACACACACACACACACUCACUCACACACCCUCCACUCUCUGCUCCCUCUGGACAUCGGGCUCCUCGGCUCUCUGACGUCAGACCUGACCCGUCCUCCUCCUCCUCCUCCUCAUCCUCUCACUCCCUUGGUUUAGCUAAAAAAGACUCUGUAGAGCUGCAUUUCUAAUACUUUUAUUUUAUUUUUUGUUCAUGUUCUUCUUCUUGUUUUUGUUUGUUUGUUUGUUCUUAACUUUUUUUUUUAAAGAAGUGUAUAUCAGUAUAAUGGAUGCAUGAAUCACUACAACGCCUAAACAAAAGAAACACACACACACACAUAAACGUGUCGUUUUUGUUCCGUAAUAAGUUGGAAGGCGAACUAACCCCCGGUGUAAGACCGCACUGAGCGAGUGAGAAACCAUGUGAACGUGUGAUGUUUGUUUGUUUGUUUGUUUUCCUGCAGAUGAGAAGGUGGAGCCUUAUUUUGUCACUUCACAGUGGGGGGGAGGGGGUGAAUGGAUGAAAACCUUUAUUUUUUUUGCUCACAAUCACCAAGAAAACCCAAGUUCUUCCCCCGUCCUCCAGAGGAAACAUCUGCAGCCAAGUUUUUGAAAAGAAGGUGGAUUUGCACAAAAGAUUUAGACGAUUAUGAUAAACAUCAACCGAUCUGAUAGUUUCCUUGUCGUUUACUGUUAAAAAAAGAAAGAAAAGUCUUCAUCUCUAGAGCUACUCACUCGUGGUGCGGACGGAGGAACCUGAGGAACCUGAGGAACCUUCAGGCUAAAACCCAGAAAACUGGUGUGACGAGAUCCUGUAGAUGGAGCUUUUUCUGUUCACAUCGAGACCAGGUUUUUGUAACGUCCCGCGGGACCUGAACGCGUCCUCACGUUCGAGCCGAUCGCAGGAGCUAUGCUGGGAGGUCGUUUCAACGAACGUCAACGACACAUGAGUCCACACGCCUCAGCCGCAUGAACGCACUCCAGCCUCAGGACGGAUUAAGGACCGCCUCCCUCGGAUGACGUCAUCUAAUCUCCACCUUUUUUCUUUUUGUCACACUAAUCCCAAAUUAAUAAUAGCUACACACCAAGACAAACAGAUUUUAACUCUCUGAUAAUCUGUUCAUUUAGGCUCUUUGAAGACUUUAUUUUGUUCCUGCAAACAGACGUGACGUCAUAUUUUGUAUUUGAAUAAAGGGGGCGGAGUGAAGCCACAUCCGAUUUUUGUGUGGCGUACGUAGCGUUGUACACGUGUGAUCGGAUCUCUGAGGAUGGAUGGAACGAUACCACCGAUAUCAGUCCAGUACUGUAGGUUUAGACCUGUUAACCACCCAUUUUUGCCGAGUCAUUUCAGGCUACUUCACCAAGACCUAAUUCUCCAACUGUGUUGACAAAUAUUCUUCAACACGACUCGGAUGAAAUGCUGUGGCUGGUUUUUAUUUUACAUUAUUUUACAGUCUGUGCAUAGUGAAGCAGACGGAGUGUGGUAUCGGCUCAUCCCUACGUAAUCCCGGGUCCGUUGAGUCCACGCUGACAAAACAUGGUUCCACGUGAAAAACUUGUUUUUUGUUGGUUUUAAAAAGCCAGUUGUCGACCUGCGUCACCUCAGAUGUUGUGAUAUUAUUUUGGUUUUGCACACAAACAGAAAAUCGGACGACUUUUCAUUGUUACAGACUAAAAAAAAUGUGGAUCUGGGCUGCGAUGUCGUCGUUGUCGUCGUCUCCCUCCUCCUCCAGCACAUCUCACUCACACAAAGUCAUCCCGGAAAAUUUACACAGAGAUUCCGAACAAUUGUACAGUUCAACGCACGUUAGUUUCUGCUUUUAUUUUUUAUUUUUUUGGUUUUGUUUUGGACCUUUUGUCACAAACGGGUCUAAUUUGGUGGUCUUUCUUUUCUUUUUUGUUAAUCUGUAGUGAUAUUAACAAAAAUCCCCUCCGUGGUGUCUUGUUACUUUUUCUCCCAAAUGGUCCAUGGUCAUGUUUGAAAGGAACUUUUAUUGCAUUGCACAGUGUUUAUCAUGUUUUAAACUCGAUGACGACCGCCCGUGGAUUUUAUAUGACAGACUGUAUUGGACUUGCUAACCUUACGGCUGUACACACAGGUAGCAUCAUUAACCUGACCAUGGUGGUCUCUCCUGCAGCUCAAUGAAUUUUAAUAAUGUAAAAAAAGAAAGAAAACAGCAUUACUAGUGAUGGGCUGAUCAGUUUUGAGUGUCUGAAUACAAGUUAAUAAAUUCAAUAAAGAGGAAA